AUGGCUUGUCCAGACGUGGCGUUCAUCGUCGCCCUCGCUGAUGGCGACACCUCGUUUGGCGAGUACGACGUCUGCGCGCUCGUGUACUGCAGGUGGCCCGACAGGAGCAAGGCCAUCGUGAGCUGGCUCCUGGACGAAUACGAGCACGCCCGAUCCGUGACGCUGGUGCUGAAGCAGUGGCUCAUCGAGCGGACCUACGGCACCUCGCACACCGGGGGCCUCUGCUCCUACGGCCUGCUGCUGAUGGUGGUGGGCUUCCUGCAGCUCUACCCGGCGGACUCUGCUGCGACCGCGCUCGUGGGCGUGCUCAAUUUCUACGGCCGCGUCUUCGACCCGCAGCUCUACGGCGUGAGCGUGGCCCGCGGCGCGCUCCUGCACCGCAAGAGCCCUGCGGCGUGGCCGCCGGCUCAGGCGAGAUACGUGGAGAGCGGCUUCUGCCCAGGCGCGAGCGAGUUCGACGCCCUGUCCCACGGGUCGAUGCUAACCCGGGAGGACUGA